CAAUACUUCAUAAGAGAAGGCUUCUACCCUGUACCUUCAUACAUAUCACUCAAUGGCAGAAGACUGAUUAUUUCUAUACUUGCGAACUGUCCCACUAACAGGCCUGGCAUAGAGGACAUCCUUGCGAGUGACUUCUUCGCACAGGGUUUUACACCUAAACGGCUAUCAUCUGCCAGCUGUACCACUGCUCCAACCUUCUUGCUUUCCAUCCAACUCACCAGAUUCUUCAGUAAAGCAGCCAAAGUUCUGUAUCGAGGAGUCUUCCAUAAAUCCUUCUGCUCAGAUUGCGGAGAAGCAGGGGAGCAUAGGAAGUCAAUGGGUGCCUACACAGAGCCUGGAGUCUCUGAGUACAGAUGACACAUCUGAGGAAGACAAAACAGAAGACAUCAUGGGACCUAGUGAUGAAUCUCUUGCUAUACUCAUGAGAGGGAGAAUGAGCAGCAGGCGAAGGUUGGCCAUACAGAAACAGAGAAAGCCAAUGGUAGAGAAAAUGGUGGAAGAUGUCACUGAUAUAUUGAAAAACUUCCUGUUCACCAUCACACCAGGUGACUUGGAUCCCACAAAGCAGGUGAAUUUCCCUAUUCUAUGGGUGACCAAGUGGGUGGAUUACUCUAAUAAAUAUGGCUUUGGCUACCAGCUUUCUGAUGACUGUACAGGGGUACUACUGAGCGAUGGAACACAUAUUGUUCUUUCCCCAUAUACACAAAAAGUUUGUUACUCUACAAGCUCAGAAGAACAUAUCACAUUUCCUGAAUGGAGCCCACCAUAUAAGCUGGAAGCAAAGAUGAGGAUACUCAGGUUUUUUUUUCAUUACAUGCAGGAAAAUGUGUUGGAGGGUGGAGAUCUUCGGGGAGCACCCAGCCUAUCUGUCAGAACAUUGUGCCUGCUGCACUUCCUGAAGACAGAUCAAGCACUGUUGAUGUUGUUCAGUAAUGGAACAUUGCAGGUGAACUUUUAUCAUGACCGUACGAAGAUUAUAUUAAGCAGAGCAAAGCAAGGUUAUCUACUGAGCUUUGUUGACCAAGAUCGACAGAGUUGUACAGUGCCAUUGUCAGUACUUAAGGUUGGUUGUCCGGCUCUUAUAAUACAGAGGAUGGAAUAUGCGCUCACUUUGCUGCAAAGCCUAUAA